CUCUGACUGGCUGCGGGGCCGAGGCCGCGCAGUAAAUGGCGCCGCUGGCGGGAAAGUUGAGUGGCUGGUGCGCCGAGCCUCCGGGGCGAUGUGUAGUGACUUCCAUAGGGCUGAGUCUGGGACGGAGCUCCUUGCCCGACUGGAAGGUAGAAGUUCCUUGAAAGAAAUAGAACCACAUCUGUUUGCUGAUGAAGAUUCACCUGUGCAUGGUGAUAUUCUUGAAUUUCAUGGCCCAGAAGGAACAGGAAAAACAGAAAUGCUUUAUCACUUAACAGCACGAUGUAUACUUCCAAAAUCGGAAGGCGGACUGGAAAUAGAAGUCUUGUUUAUUGACACAGAUUACCACUUUGAUAUCCUUCGGCUCGUUACAAUUCUUGAGCACAGACUCUCCGAAAGUUCUGAAGAAAUAAUAAAAUGCUGCCUUGGGAGAUUUUUUUUGGUGUACUGCAGUAGUAGCACCCAGUUACUUCUCACACUGUACUCACUAGAAACUAUGUUCUGCAGUCACCCCUCUCUCUGCCUUCUGAUUUUGGAUAGCCUGUCAGCUUUUUAUUGGAUAGACCGUGUCAAUGGAGGAGAAAGUGUUAACUUACAGGAGUCCACUCUGAAGAAAUGUUCCCAGCUCUUAGAGAAGCUGGUAAAUGAGUAUCGAUUGGCUCUUUUUGCAACAACACAAAGUAUAAUGCAGAAAACCUCAAACUCAACAGAAGGGCCUUCUUGUGCCUUUAAUCUCCAGAGUGAUAUGGAUGUAGACUAUAGACCCUAUCUCUGUAAGGCGUGGCAACAAGUGGUAAAGCAUAGAAUAUUUUUCUCCAAACAAGAUGAUUCCAGAACCAGCAACCAGUUUUCUUUAGUUUCACGUCAUUUAAAAAGUAACAACUUAAAAAAACAUUUUUUUAUUAUUGGAGAAAGUGGUGUUGAGUUUUGUUGAUAUGUAUCAUAAAAUAGUCUUUUUGUAGGAUAUUAUGCGAGUUUUAAAACGUCUUUAAUAGGCUAAAAUGAUUUGAUUCUAAAGUUCUUAAACUCUAAGGGAAUUUAACAUAACCGUGAUUCUAUACAGCAUGGAUUUCUUAAACUAGUACAGUAGAACCUUAGACUCUUCUUCCCUAGGUUGUUGAAGAUUAUUCAAAGUGAUAACAAUUAAGCUAGAUUAAGUUGUUUUAAGACUAAAUAAAUAAGAUAUACAUUUCAGUCCAAAUAAAGUGGAAUUUUCUAACUUUGUGUCACAUUUCUGGAAUUCAGUUAAAUACUUGUUAAGGAAAGUUGAAAUGCAUUUCUGAUUUUUCAUAUGUAACUCCUUUAAGAAGCUGUAAAUUUGGAAAAUGUUUCUGUAGAGCUGUUAUUUCUGUAAAGAGGAUGAAAACAAGGAGCCUACCCAAUCUGCCUUUCAUACCAAAGACUAUGGAAAGUCAGAGCAUUUUGAUCUGUUUUACUGAAUUCAAAGAUGGAGCUGCAUUAUGGUUGAGUUUCUGUAUAAUUUUUAAAACACAGGGAAAUAAGAUACCCAUUCAAGGAGUUCUGUGAAUAUUGAAAUUCUAAUCUUUCUUGUUAAGCGAUAGAUAAAUGCUAAAACUACAUAGUAACUGUGUGUUACUUGUGUUUUCUUACCCAUUUAGAAUACUUCAGACAUACUCUGAAAUGAAUUGAAAUGUGUCCAGCUGAGAGCUGGACAAGGCUGUGUAUACGUUGGCCCAGUAAUCACCAGAAAGGGGAGCAUGCACCUCCAGGGGCACAUAGGUAGUGUAUUGUGGAAGAGGAAGGAAAUUUUAGAGCUUUGAUUUAUAUAUUUUAAUCUAAGAUAAGAUUAAAUUAUAUCAAUAUUUGAUAUUCAGAUUGACCCUGGCACUCACUCAACCUAUUAUAUCAGAUUGCCUUAUGUCACGUGUAUAUUUGAGGUAUCCUGUGGGAGAAGUGGAAAGAAUUGACAGUGGUGUUCUCACAGGUAUGUUCAUUUAUAUGUAACCUAUUUAGUUAAAAUUAACUGUACGUUCACUGAUCUAACGAAGAUUCUUUAUAAGGGCUUAAAGGAUCAUCUUCAUAAUGCAGGCAUAGCAGAUGUAGCAUGUGCUGUCCAUAUCUGGAGCUCCUGUAGCUUACCUGCAAUUCCCAAAACCCAAAGGCUUCUGAAGGUGUCUCUGGACGCCAGAGCCCGCUGGGCUGCAUGGGGCCCAAACCUGGCAGUCCUUAAGCAGUGAGGGUCAGGAUUUGGUAGGUUAAUGCACCUGCUUCCUCACCCCUCAGUGAGGACAAGGAUGUAUUUCUCAGAGUGGCCCUGGUAGAACUGGUUCCCAGUCACUUUCAGCAAUAACCUAUUCAUUAACUCACUGUUUAUGGCCUCCCAUCCUUCCCUCUCACUUCCCCACUCCCAUGGGGCUCCUGGGAUUGUCUCCCUAAUGAGCAAAUCCUUGUCUAGGAGCUACUUUUGUUGUGGGUUGAGGGGGAACCAAGCUGUCGGCAUCAGACUAACGGCCCUCUAGGCUCAGUAUUUGCUCUUUAGCCACAUUAUGGAAUUUUAAAGGAUGGCAUUCUAAUUGGCUGUCAAGUUAAAUUACACUGGAUCACAUCACUGUCAUUCAUACCCACUUACCUGUGUGCCAUCGAUAAAUGUUAUCUUGCCAUUAAUAUACUUUUAAAUAUUUACAUAUUUUACCCGUAGUUCAUCCUUUUUCAGCUUAUAUUUUUCUGUAUCUUAUUAUAUGCAAUACAUGUUACACAUAAGUAAUUUAUAAAUAUUUGUAUGCUGAGGGAAUAUGCUUAUUUUUCCCCCCAUAAGUGUGUGAUCAGUAAGAGUGAUGAUCUUUUGCUGUACGUAAGAGGACUUCUCCUUUUAGCUGUUGAGAUGUGAAAAUUCUGUUACCUUCCCUAUCAAGCUCUGGGUGUGUGUUACAUGUGUUUAUGAAAAACUUAGCGACUCUUAGCAGAAUUCUGGCCUUGGCUAUGAUAGGAGUUUCCAUUUCUCCUCUGUAUAAAUGAAGUGCUAAUUUAAUGGGCUGUUAUUCACAGAUUUAUAA